GGCAGUACCGCAGUAGAACGAAGAUUCAAAGUUCUCGCAAACAACGUGAACCUUCCCGCAAAACAUACAAUCUCAAUCAAAUUCAGUGACAAAAUUGUUGGCAUUAGGGUUCAUGAAUUAGGGGUUUUGGGUUUUGUUGAUAAAUCAUGGUGGGAAUGAUGGCAGCGAUUUCGAGGGAGAAGUUUGCCGGCCUCAUUGACUCGGCCAAGUUCUCCACGGAUGUUCCUUCGAAGCUCGAGAAAUUACGUAAAUUAAAAGAGGAAUUUUCUCGCGCAAAAGACCUUCACUUGGUCACAGAGUUCCUUCCUCAACUUCUUGAUCUUCACACCGACCGUUGCAGUCCCGUUCGCAGAUUCAUUGCAGAGAUUGCUGGUGAUAUUGGGUUGGAUUAUACAGAUUUAUUACCCGAUGUUGUACCUUUAUUGGUAAAUCUCUUAAGAGAUAGUACACCAGCAGUUGCUAGACAAGCAAUCACCUGUGGAAUCAGUUUAUUCCGCCGUGUUCUUACGAAAAUUGCACUUCAGGGUUUGUAUUCCAGCCAGUUGGAUGAUUCUCUUGAGUCAUCAUGGGUAUGGGUGUUGAAGUUUAAAGAUGAAAUAUAUUCUAUGGCAUAUCAACCGAAAAGCGAUGGGAGAAAGUUACUUGCACUGAAGUUUGUUGAAGCAGUAACUCUUUUAUAUACUGCUGAUCCUAGUGCCUCUUCUGAACCACCUGAAGAUCUAACUUCUGGAGAAAUGCCAGAUGAGUUUAACAUAGCAUGGCUUCGUGGAGGCCAUCCCAUACUUAAUGUUGGCAAUUUAUCAAUUGAAGCUAGUCAGAACCUGGGUUUGUUACUUGAUCAGCUAAGAUAUCCAGCUGUGAAAUCACUCAGCAAUAUGGUGGUCAUUGUGCUAAUCAAGAGUCUUUCAGCAAUUGCAAAGAAACGGCCUUCAUUUUAUGGCCGUAUUCUUCCAGUUUUGCUUGGUCUGGAUCCAUCAAACUCUGCUGUCAAAGUGGGUCAUGUUUCUGGGGUACAUCAUGCUUUAAAGAGCGCUUUCCUUUCCUGCUUGAAAUGCACACACCCGGGUGCUGCACCGUGGCGGGAUCGUCUAGUUGGAACACUUAGAGAAAUGAAAGCUGGAGGGUUGGCUGAAGAAGCCCUUCAUCAAGUUUCUGGCGGUAAUUCGUCAAUUGCGCAGGAGAUAAAACCUUCAAUAGAAGCAUCUGAUGCUGUGCAUGCCACUGCUGUUAGGAAAAGGCCUGAAGUACAUGAUGCUAGUGAUCUGAAAAAAGAUGAUGAUGUACCUGGAAAGCGUGCCAAACCGACACCUAAUACAACUGGGGAAUUGCCACAAGACUUGAAGGGUGGUGAUGAUGUGAAUUCUUCAGGUGGACUAGCUUCAGCGAAACGAAAUGUAGCCAAUGGACCGGUGCAGCAGCUUGUUGCUAUGUUUAGUUCAUUGGUUGCGCAGGGUGAACAGUCUGCUGCAAUGUUAGAAAUUCUUAUUAGUAGUAUAUCUGCUGAUUUGCUAGCUGAAGUAGUAGUUGCCAAUAUGCCAAAUCUUCCUCCAGUUCGCCCAAAAGAAGAGGGCGAGGAAGAGCUGUUGAACGAUGGAUCCGAUACACAAGUUAGUAAUCUGUCUGCAUAUCUAACAGACGUAUUAUCACGCUCCAAUUCUCAACUUGCACAUUCUGCAUCGGACACACACAGUGAUGAGCUGCAGAAGCCUGAAGUGGAGGGUGAAGGCCCUGCAACAAGAGAUAGUGAUGUAGCACAUUCUGCUGUAGAUUCUGCCACCGAGCAAGACUUGGAAUAUUCAGGCCCACCCUUUUCUGUUGAGUUACCAUCUCUAAGGAGUGUUAGUUCUGCUAUUCCGUCUGAAGAUACUGAUAUGGGGGAACUUGAGAGUGGUAUACCUGGUCUAGAUUCGUCAGCCCGGAAUGAUGAAAUACCUGAAAUGCAAGUUGAUUCCUCAUUGAUUUCUGCCGACCCGGAAGAAAACAGUCAAGAGCAAAUUACCAACAUGGGAAGGUCAUCAGUGGAUAUAGUUCCAUCAAUGUCUACAGAUAGGUCUGAGGAACUUAGUCCAAAAGAAGCUAUGGCAGAAGCAAACAGCAUCAACUCCUCAACAGCAACUUCUGUUCAGUUAACAUCUAAAGUGGUACUCCCUAAGAUGUCUGCACCUGUAAUUAGCCUCACCGAUGAGCAGAAGGAUCAGAUCCAGAAAUUGGCUUUUAUCCGCAUCAUUGAAGCUUAUAAGCAUAUAGCAGUUGCUGGAGGUUCACAACUUCGCUUUUCUUUACUUUCCUAUUUAGGAGUUGAGUUUCCUUUGGAGUUGGACCCUUGGAGACUUCUACAAACACAUAUACUGUCAGAUUAUACAAGUCAUGAGGGCCAUGAGUUAACCUUGCGUGUCCUAUAUAGACUAUUUGGAGAGGCAGAAGCAGACCAUGACUUCUUUUCUUCGAGAACAGCGACUUCUGUAUAUGAAAUGUUUCUUCUGAAAGUGGCAGAAACACUCCGAGAUUCUUUUCCUGCCACUGACAAAUCUUUGAGUAGAUUGCUAAGUGAAGUUCCUUACCUGCCAAAGUCGGUUCUUAAAUUAUUAGAGUGCUUGUGUGUUCCUGGAAACAGUGAUAAAGAUGAGGAAUUACACAGUGGAGAUAGAGUGCAUCAAGGUCUUAGCAUUGUUUGGAGCUUAAUUCUUCUUAGACCACCCACUAGAGAUGCGUGCCUAAAAAUUGCUUUACAGAGUGCAGUGCACCAUUUGGAGGAAGUGCGAAUGAAAGCCAUACGUCUGGUGGCAAACAAGCUUUAUCCUGUAUCGUCCAUUUCUCAGCAAAUUGAAGAUUUUGCAAAGGAAAUGCUAUUAUCUGCAAUGAAUGAUGAUCAUUCGAUGGAUAAGGCCCGUAUUGAUGGAUCUAACGCUGAAUUAGCAAAGGACACUGAGAUGGAAAAAACUUCAACUGAAUGUCCAUCGUUAGCCAGUGUCUCUGAGGCUGGUCAACCGUGUACCUCUGAAAGCAUUCCAUCGCCUUCAAUAACCGAUGCACAACGAUGCAUGUCACUUUAUUUUGCUCUUUGUACAAAGAAGCAUUCUCUUUUCCGUCAAUUGUUAAUCGUCUACAACAACAUGUCUAAAGCAGCAAAGCAGGCAAUUUUCGUUCAAAUCCCCAAACUAGUUCGCACCAUUGGCUCAUCAUCUCAGCUUCUUGAAAUUAUUUCAGAUCCGCCUGCUGGAGGCGAGAACCUUCUGAUGCAGGUUGUGCAAACAUUAACAGAUGGGGCAGUUCCUUCUGCUGACUUGAUAGCAACCAUUAGAAAGUUAUAUGAUUCAAAGUUAAAGGAUGCAGAGAUUCUUAUUCCAAUAUUACCGUUUCUACCAAAAGAUGAGCUUCUUCGGAUAUUUCCCCGUUUCGUAAAUCUUCCACUGGAAAAAUUCCAGGCUGCACUUCUCCGUGCAUUGCAGGAAUCAUCUCAAGGUAGUCCAGUUCUUACACCAGCUGAAGUACUGAUUGGUAUCCACGGCAUUGAUCCUGAAAAAGAUGGAAUUCCGCUGAAGAAGGUUACAGAUGCAUGCAAUGCUUGCUUUCGGCAACGACAAAUAUUUACCCAACAAGUUCUAGCGAAGGUUUUAAACCAACUGGUUGAGCAGAUUCCUCUUCCAAUGCUGUUCAUGCGGACAGUAAUACAGACAAUUGCCACAUUUCCUUCCCUGGUGGAUUUUAUUAUGGAAAUAUUAUCUCGUCUUGUGAGCAAGCAGAUUUGGAAAAACCAAAAGCUCUGGGUAGGAUUCUUGAAAUGUGUUCAGCUAACGAAACCUCAAUCUUUCAGUGUGCUACUUCAGCUUCCUCCUGCACAGCUCGAAAUUGCGCUUAAUAAACAGCCCGUACUUAAGGGUCCAUUGGUAGUGUACGCGAGCCAACCAGACUUACGAUCUUCACUUCCAAGGUCCAUACUGGUGGUUCUUGGAAUCGCACCUGACUCUCAACCUGCAAAUCAAGGACAAAUAAUAGUCUCUCAGUCACAGACUCAGUCUCAAGCUCAGUCACAGACUCAGUCUCAAGCUCAGUCACAAACUCAGUCACUUACACAGUCUCAGGCUCCGUCUCAGGUUCAGUCACAAACAGAGUCUCAGGCUCAGUCGCAGACCGAGUCUCAGGCUCAGUCACAGACACAGUCUCAGGCACAUUCACAGACUGGAGAUACGGGGAAUUCGGAUAAACAGGUGUUGGCGGAAGCACCAAAGGAAUCAAGUACCAGCUGAAUUUGCAUAACAACUUGAACUCGCUUCUCCCAAAACUUGUUGUUGAAGAUAUGCAUCUGCUGUGCAAAUGGUUAGGAUAUAUAUCCCUCCAUUUCCCCACAUUUCUGGUAGCUUUCGAGUUUUGAUUGGAAUGUUUGUACCACACAAAACGAUGCACCAUUUUAGGAGUUUCGGUUGAUAGAUCGGGCGGUGUGAUUAGAGUUUGCUGCAACCUUAGGGAGAGGUAUAAUAAUGUAGUUGUCUAUUACAAUGAAUUAACUAUGGGCAUAUGUAAAGUCCCUUGUUUUAAAUUGCGAGGCUGAACCUGUUAACUUUAGUCUGCCUAAUUUUAUAGGAGUACCAUCUUCUCC